AUGCAGUUGACCAAGACCCUCCUUUUCGCCCUCGUUGGCACCGCCUUCGCCUCCCCCAUCGAGAAGCGUCAACUCGCAAUCAUCCAGGGCGCCGUGACCUCCGUGCAGGGAGCUCUGUCAAAGCUCAACACCGCUGUCCAGGGUGUUGGUAAUGAUGUUGCAUCUGCGCAACCUAUUCUGGCUGCCUCAACUGAUGUUCAGAUGGUUCUGUCAAAGGCCGCAACCGACAUUCAGGGUGCUCAGCCUUUGCAGCUCCAGGAGGCUCUCGGCCUUCAACAGACCGCCGGCGACCUGACUAUGUCCGCAUCAGCCUUGAUUGACACUCUCAUUUCCAAGAAGCCCAACUUUGACAUGAUCGGUGUUUCCAGCGUUGUCCUUCAGAACCUCCAGCAACAAAAGGCGGCCUCUGGCGACCUCGGAACCGCCAUUGUCUCCAAGGUCCCUGCCAUCGGUCAAGGUAUCGCACAGCAGAGCAUCGACCAGAUCUCCUCCGCUCUCGACAGGGGCAUCACGGCCUUUUCCGCCGGUGGUGCCGCUCCCGCAGGUGCCAAACCUGCAACUAAUACCACCGCUCCCCCUGCUGCUGCUCCCGCUAAACCCAAGACUCCUGCUGCUGCCCCUGCCGCCCCGAAGACACCUGCUGCUGCUCCCAAGGCCCCUGCUGGGGGUCUUGAGGGUCUGCUCGGUGGUCUCCUCGGCGGUGCGGGUGGUGCUGGCGGUGCCAACGGCGCCGGAGGCUUGGGUGCCCUCCUCGGAGGUAUCACGGGAGGUGCAGCUGGCGGUGCGGCGGGCGCUGGUGGCGCUGGAGGACUUGGCGCACUUCUCGGUGGACUCGGCGGUCUUGGCGGUGGUGCGGCUGGAGGAGGGACUGGUGCGACGAAGGCAAAUGUGGUCGAUUUCGCAGAAGACGCUGCAGAGGAGGACGAGCAAUAA